UUUACCUAUCUCUACAUACCCAUCUUCUACAUCAUUCAUAUCAUACACAUACAUACAUCUAAUUUCUUUGUAAUUUUCACUUGUAAAAUGGGAAUCCAACUAAUGGGACUAGCAAGCGCGAAGCAAAAGCUGCAACGAACACUUUCUGCGAGGAUCGCGAGUGUUUUGGCCACGAGUAAUGUUCCGAAAGGCCAUGUUGCUGUUUAUGUCGGAGAAAAUUACCAACGGACGAGGUUUGUGAUACCGAUAUCGUACUUGAACCAUCCUUUGUUUCUGGAUUUGCUGCAUAGAGCAGAGGAGGAGUUUGGAUUUGAUCAUCCAAUGGGAGGUCUCACACUUCCUUGUAGUGAAGACUACUUCAUUGCUCUAACUUCAUCUUUGAAUUGUUGAUUGAUUUUAAAUUUUGGUAGAAGCAAAAUGGCUUGGCAUGGCUCAAAUUAAUCUGCAGGGCAAUUAUCAAAUCGUCCAAAUUGAA